UUCUCACUCGCUCCAGUUUCGCAGACGACGACAUCUGCUCUGAGAGCAAGAAUUAUCCUACAUUGCGGAGGGCUUGUAUGCAUAAACAUUUCAGAUGAGUUCAUUUCUGAACAGAACUUGAAUAGAAAGAAAUGUCUAUGACACAAACAUGCCUUUGGAUCAGUUUGGCUCUUUGUAUAGCCACAGGAGGAUCUGAGAUGUUUUAUGAGAAAAGGGGAGAAACUGUGAUCCUGAACUGUGGUGAUGCUGCCGCAAACAGGGAUAUAGAAUGGAAACACAAAGACAGCCUCAUUAUGAGCGUUACUGGCAAAACUGGAAGAAGUAUCAGAGGGAGUGCGUCCGUCCUUUCAAAGUCAAAAUUGAAUCAACAAAACCUGCACAUCACCUCACUGGAGCCUGAUUGCGCCGGACUGUACAGCUGUACUGGAUAUAACAGCGAAGGCAGCAAAAUCAUCACACAACACACACUGAGCAUUGUGUCAGUCACUGAAAGCGCUGAAGCUGUGCUCCAGUCAACGUUAACCCUGAAGUGUGACAUUACUGGGGACUCAACAGCACAAGUUCAGUGGCAGAGUCCAAAAAACCAUUCAAAGUUUGAAACUGGAAAAGAAAUUACUGUGAAAUCUGUGAGCUUGAAAGAUGCUGGCGAGUGGGUUUGUCAGAUCAAAGGUGAAGAUGGGAAGGAGAGAAAGAAGAUACACGUAAACGUCGCUGUUGUUGGUCCUCUGGAGUCCUCUAAGGAACUUACAGUUGGUCUAGGGGCCAGUGCAGUGCUGCCAUGUUUUCUGUCAAGACCAAGCCGCUUGCGUAUAGUAGGAGGUGGUUGGACGCGAGAUUCCCUCAAUAACUCCCUUCUCACCUUAGCCAGAGAGAAAGACCUUCACUGGACUAUCACCAAAGAUAAAAUGUCUAGGUUCACAUUCCCAACUCAUCAGCUCAGCACAAACUUUAGUGUGAAACUGACAAAUGUACAGUCUGCUGAUGCUGGUGUGUAUGUGUGCACUCUGAUGUUUGAGGGUAAAGAAAAACUAAAGGCUAACUUGAGACUGAAGGUUGAGGGAGAAGCAGUAAGCAGAUCCAGCAAAACAUUUUGGGAGAUCUCUGUAUUGGGGUUGAAACUGUAUGCCUGGGUUGCCAUAGCAGCAGGAUCUGUCAUUCUGAUCAUCCUAUUUGUCGUCAUCAUGUUUUUUUAUCGCAGGAAUAAGCGAAUGAGGAGGAAGGUGAGAAAAUUAAAAUCUAUGCGGGAGCCUCUUACAUCUAGGAAUUACUGCCAAUGUAAUAGGACUGAAAGACCUCAUGCAGGCAAGCGAGAGAAGCCAGCCCCUCUUCCCAGGACAGACUACUAUCCUUUUGACACUUGACAUGUGAGGGGGUCAGAGAAUGGAGGAACAUAUAUAUGUGUUUUUAGAGUCACUGUGAAAACAGGUUGAUGAGCAAAUUCUUCUUUCUGUGACUAAUCUUUAAUAGGUUAGGCACAACAUGAUAGCAGCAAUAAUAUAUGUGCACUUAUUGCUAGAGAGCUAUGCCAAAUUAGGUAAAUCUUUAAAAUCUUUUUAUUUGUAAAUACUUUUUUUUCUGAAAAUGUAUAAACCAAUGACAAAAUAUAGAUUUGCAUCAGCUUACACAUUUUAGGAAAAUUUACAGCAUUUUAUGGUUGUAUUGAAUAAAAAUAUUUAGCCUUACUUUAUUCAGCAAAAACAAAAAAUUAUAUGGUACUGACUGAUGUAAUGAAUAUUUCCCAGUUUAUUCUUUUCUACAAAUUAAAAUUAAACCAUUAAAAUAG